GUUGGUUUGACGUUUGUAUCGUUUGUAUUACAAAUGAAAUCGGAAACAUAUUCACAAAACAAUGAGGGAAAAUUUAAAUUCAAAUGCAGCGACCUCACGUCAUUUUGCGGUCGUGACCCUCGGAAGAGUGUGAUGUUUGUUGGAGUUACCGGGAUGGUGGCAUCUUUAGUAAUACUCCUAUGUUCAGUGACGUAUCUUCUCAACACAACGUCCUUGGGAGGCUUCAGUAAGAAGCCGAUGUCGGCCGUCAAUUUAAUAUUCUCUCUCGUUUCUACCAGUCUAUCGAUUUAUCAGAUAGUUAUAUCCUUCUUACUGUUUCUACAAACUUUCUGGGUCAACAGCAGCAUUUUCCUAUGUUCGUUGUGGUACGUAUCGCAUCUGUCAAUCCUGAUAGCAUACGGAAUUCUAUACAUCGCAAGAUCUGUUGUAUGCUUCAUGCAAAAUAUGCUGGCCUCGGCAGCUAUUACUAUUUUUGUUGGAUUUGUUUAUGAAGAUUACACAAUCAAGUAUCCUACCUACUUGUAUUCUCAACAAAAUUACCUCAAAAGGAGAGAAGCAAAUUGUUUCCAAAGCCCGACUACAUGUAGUUCACACGAACGCAGUUGGGAUUGCGCAAAUUGGAACAUGGCAACACGGCAGUUGUGAAGGGGCCGUACCGCUUGCAAAUGGAGCAUCAGGAUAUUGAGUUCGUCGUUCGCUUAGCCAGGUUUAUGAAAUACGUGACAAAUUCCAACGCUGUAGCCAUAAAAUAUCUUCCCGCCACUCAUACAAAGCGUCGCUAACACUAAACUUAGAUGGUAACGACGUAUUCCGUCUUCAAUAUCAUGCAAAUUCAGUUGAAGUCGACGCGAAGCUUACGGGACCUUCUCUUACUAAAAUAUUAAAGGUAAUCUCCUUACUUUUGAACGUCCUGAUAUU